UACUGCACAACUCAUCUCUCUCUCUCUUCCUUAUCCAUUAACAACAGAAAUGUCGACCAAUAAUCAACCCCCAAAUCCCAAGCCCGACACGAACCACAUCGGCAAAGUCUUCGCGCGCUUCGAUUCCAACAGCGACGGCAAGAUCUCCGCCGCGGAGCUCUCCGGCGUCCUCGAAGCCCUCGGAUCCGCGGCCUCCCCCGACGAGGUGGACCGGAUGAUGCAGGAGAUCGACACCGACCGAGACGGCCACAUCAGCCUCGACGAAUUCGCCGCCUUCUUUCCUAGCAACAAGUCGGAGCUGAUGGAGGCCUUCAACCUCUACGACCAGGACCACGACGGCAAGAUCUCCGCGACGGAGCUCCACCAGAUCCUGUCUCGCCUCGGGGAGCGCUGCUCCGAGCUCGAUUGCGCCGGGAUGAUCAAGUCCGUCGAUUCCGAUGGGGACGGCUUCGUCAAUUUUGACGAGUUUAGGAAGAUGAUGACUGCCGCUAAGUCUAACUAACGAUGCCCCUUAGAUUUGCUACUCAAAUUAGGUCUUAUACUAAUUUUCUCUUUCUCUUUCUCUUUCUCUUUCUUUCUUUCUCUUAAUCAUUAGUGGUGUAUAUAUUAUAUGCGAUUUACACAAGUCAUACGCUACUUGUCUCAUUGAA